GCAGUGAUGGUUCUGAACUCAGCGAAGAGACUUCAUGGCCAGCAUUUGAAAGGAACAGAUUAUACCAUUCUCUUGGUCCGGUGACAAGAAUGGCACGAAAUGGCUAUCGAGGCCACAUGAAGGGCAACAGUUCUGCAGAGUCUGAAGACUUAGCUGUUCAUUUGUAUCCAGGAGCUGUUACUAUUCAAGGCGUUCUCAGGAGGAAGACUUUAUUGAAGGAAGGCAAAAAGCCUACAGUAGCAUCUUGGACAAAAUACUGGGCAGCGCUAUGUGGAACUCAGCUUUUCUACUAUGCAGCAAAGUCUUUGAAGGCAACAGAGCGAAAACAUUUCAAAUCUACACCAGCUAAGAAUGUGUCAGUAGUAGGGUGGAUGGUUAUGAUGGCUGAUGAUCCAGAACAUCCAGAUCUCUUCCUGCUUACAGAUUCUGAAAGAGGAAACUCAUACAAGUUUCAGGCUGGUAACAGGAUGAAUGCAAUGCUGUGGUUCAAACAUCUGAGCGCUGCCUGCCAAAGUAACAGGCAACAGGUUCCUGCCAACUUGAUGACAUUUGAAUGAAAAGCAUCUUUAAAAUCGGAACACGAUGGCAUUUUUUUGUAAUAGGUUGAGAAGGGAAGUCCUGGAGAGGGCAUGCCAGCUAAACUUCUGUGCCACAACAAAGCCAGUAAACGGAGUUUGAAAGCUUUUAAGUACUGAACAAACAAAACAAACAAAAAAGCACUAAGAGUUCAGGGAUGGAGUUGCAACAUGAACUGCUAACAGACCAUGCUGCUGCUGAAGAUUCUCUGAACUGACCUGUGGAUACCACUGCCUUAAAGAAUGAAAGGAAAACCAACACGAAACACCAAAUAGUGUGUGUGAAACGUCUGGCGGUGCUGUGCUUCGGUUAGAUAGGUUGUAGCUAGUUUGCAUUUGUGUUAGUUUUCUGUUAAUUUUGAAUUAGUCGAUUUUUUUUUUUUUUUGCUGUUUUUGUUGUGGUCCGGAGGAGUGACUACUGUAUAAGGAUUGUGUCGGGGCAGGGUGUGCAAGGAUGUAGCUGAACAGUGUACAGACUAUACCAGCAUCCUUCUAAAAGAGCUCUUGCUGGGCUCAGUUCAUUGGGAACACAGUUCAACUUGUUUAAGCUUAGUAUUUGAAAACUGUAAUAUAUGCAAGUUUCUUCUUUCACAAAGCACUGACUGUGCAGAAAUUGGUACUGUGUAGGGGAUUUUCUUAACCUGCAAGUGGCACAACAGACAAAUCUUUAAACUCUGCUAACUUUCUUUGUUAGAGUUCUUGGUUGCAAAUCUCCUGAUAGAAAUACUAUGCAGGAUUCUGGAGAUCAAGUUUGGGGAAAUGUCACUUGGUCAGAACUGACCCUCCCCCCCCCCCCAUAUUAUUAUUAUUUUCAUUAUUAUUUAUUGGACUUAUGGAUCGCCUCAUCCCUGCUUCUACAGGGCUCUGAGCAAUGUACAGUAACAAUAAAAACAUCAAACAUAGCAUAAAACAUCUGAAUAACAUUAAUACCACAAAUCUAAAAGACUCAGAUGGUGAGUUCCAAUAUAUUUUCAAACAGUCCACACUUCCUUUUUUGAAAUAUUUCCCCAACAAACGUCUCUUAAAACUCCUCUACAAUCCUAUUGAAAGCUCACUCUCUAUAAUUGCUCGUCUUCAUCUCUGUUUUGCACAAUGCAAUAAUCUCUGUAUUUGUAUUUUGAAAUCAGGAGUUUAAUUGACUUCUGUAUCAGACAGAGAAGCCAGUUGUGGGUUGCAUAAGCAUUAGCUAUUGGUUCAGAGCUCUUGAAGGUGUCUCCCAAGGUAAAUGAGUAACUUGACAAGGGGGGAAAAUGGGAGGUGAAAAUGGGAUGAAUUAAGCUAAUCAAACCCACUUGUAAAUUUUGUCACUAUUUUAGACCAUUUGUGAAGAAUGUCUCGCGCUCUAAAGAUUGUUUGCGCAUUUUACUUAUAUUGAGAUACUUUAA